AUGGAGUGGGAGGACUCAGCGGCUAUUUAUUGUCCAAAGAAUGGUCGAUCUCAUGUGGGGUUGUUGGAAUUUGGGUACUGGGAGUGUCCCCUUUGCAACCAGGAUUUGUCAGAGAAGCCGUUGAAACAGGCAGCGGGUUUGGAGGACGAAGAUGAAGACGAUGGCACUAGCGGCGGUCGCAACCCCAAAAUAUCCCACUCCCUUGAAUACCUCGACUCGGGUGAAAAUCGCAUUGCUGCGCAGGCAUGGAGCGGCUCUUUCGACCUUCAAACCGCACGUAAAGGAAUAUUGGAGAAGAAACCAUCAGUGUUCAACAUUGUCACUCUUCUGAAGACAUCACACCUACCGCAAAAGCAUCGCUACGAGUACGAAGUCAGGGAGAUUUUGCGAACUGGCAUUCUCAACAAUCCGAACAUUUCAGUCAAUGUUCUCUCCACCCGCGUCACCAUCAACUCUCAAGCAUUGAUUAAUGCCCUCGGUGCCGUCGUUAGCUAUUACCCAGGUAUAUCCUUCGGCGGAAAGGUGCUGGAGUUGAAGGAGCCGUAUGCUGUGGUUGCUCAUCACCUCAGUGCGCUGGAAGACUACCAAAAGACCUCUCGACCCAAGCCUUGCGACAAAGAAACAUUCGAUCAUCUAGGACUCCUACUUGGAUUUCUCCGAACCUCUGUCUACAAAGACAAAAUCCGGCUCGAACAGGAACGGUACUCCAGAAACGCGUGCACCUUCCAGAUGCUCUGGCUCUUGUUCAAGCCUGGUGAUACAGUUUACGUUGAGUCUCGGGGAAAGCUAUCUGCAUUUGUUGUGCAAGAGGUAGCCACUGACAACGGCAUCCUUUCAGACUUCAAGCACACAUUCAAGUCCUAUGAAAUCCUGUUGUGGUCUCUGAGAUAUGACGGCCGUUUCGUGGGGCGGAGUUCAACUGAGAUGAUAAUUCCUCACUUCGAUGGGGAACGCCCUAUCACUACACUCAAGGUGUUCCCAUGUAGAUUCGUCGACGACGAAGACGGUGGGAAGAUGAAAUCAAUGCUGGAGGAGAGUGGGAAGAGAUGGUAUGAUCUGUUACGAGGCCAACAAGUUCACUACAAAGGGGAAUUUGUUGAGAAAAGGAAGGACAACGAUGUCAGCAAAACCCCGGAUGACGAAGAUGACGAUAAGCCCUGGUAUGUCGCCAUGGUGAACUAUCUCAAAGGAACGUCCAGGCGAGACAAUCUUGAUGCACCGCGAGACUAUGGACAGGUAUGUUUUUCAGAGCUUCAUUUCUCACAGGUAUGCGAUCCUGACGCGAUGACAGUUUGA